UUUCCUUCUCUCUCACUUAUUUUACCACGAAGCUGCACUUAACAAUCUCUUCUUUUCCUUCUUCUUCAACACCUGAAUUUCCUUCAUACUUUCUAAUCCCAUUUCGUGAUAUCUGCUAUAAAUUCAAAUCCCAUACCUAAUUCUCCUUUCUCAUUUCCCUUGCCUCACAAAUAUGUUGGAUAACAGUAAGCAGCAGUUCACAUUAGAGAUGACGGUGGUUUCAGCCCAAGGGCUCAAGAGCCCUUCUUUUCUCUUCUCUCGCCGUCUCAGGCCAUUCAUCACCAUCACCACCUUCCCGCCGCCGUUAAACGUUGCCGAUCUCAAGAACCUCCGUGGUUUUCAAACGAGGAUCAAUGAUCAAGGCUCAACUGGGUUGGUGCCAGAUUCCUGCCGCCGACAUAGGCCUACCGCCGGUGGGCUCAGUGAGGCAACUGAGCUACCGGCUUCGGGCUGCAGAUGGUACGAGGACUCACGGAGUUGUCAACGUUGCGGUGAAGUUGGAAGGCCGUAUCCAUUCUAGUGAAACGUGUCAGACUGUAAUUGGUAUACCGGUUAGGAUGGAUAUGAUUUCUAGUUGUAAAGAGUGACGAUUGGUAUAGAUGUGAGCCGAAAGCUACUCUGCCAAUCCAAUUGGUACGUGUGUUGUGGGGUAGGGCUUAUAAUGAGAUCGGUUGUAUCCUGUGGAUUUUGAAUGUUGUGGAAACUCAUGGUUUAUUAAGGAUGUGAACCUAUUUAAAGAAUUUAAU